CGUACAACUUUAUAUUUCAACUGAUGAACUAUUGCUGGCAGACGGCAAUAAACGUCUCAGGUUUGAUAUGAAAUGACCGGCUCUGUGUCGUCUGCUCAGAAAGUUCCCGCCAAGCUUUAUUUUCCCGGGACAAUAUACUAGCAUGUGUAAAAGAGAGCUCUAUUCGUCGGUUUGUCACGGCAGAAAGGAAAUUCUAAUGUUUCUCUUGAUUCUUCAGAUUUUUAGUUUUGCAGGCUCCGGAGGUGAGGUUUACCCUGACUGUCCCAGCCCUGUCCAGAAGUACGCCUUCCAAUGCUUCACCGGAUACAACACACAGAUGCUCAACAUGGUCAAAAGCAGCGCAACGCUCUUCUCCGGGGUCGAUGUGGAAAUUAUUAGGGCCUUUUGCAGUGCAUACAACCAAGCCAUGGUCUGUAUUGAGAAUAUGAAGGAAAUCUGCCCCGCAUCUUUGCAUAGAAAGAUCGAGGCGACCCUAAUGAACUUACAAGGCGCCAAACCAGAAGUAUCCGCUCUCUGCACAGACGAUAAUAUUUAUGAACGAUACGCACGUCACAUGACCUGUUUACGAGAGUACGGCGCCUACUCCGAGAGAUGCUUCAGAGACGGAAUGAACUCUUCUUCUAUACGUCUGAUGCAGUGGAUCAGUGAAGACGAUAUAUAUCAGUUAUGUAGUGAUCUUAACCGAACUGUGGAUUGCAUCACAUCUAAAAUAGGACGUUGGUGUGGACCGGAAGCUGCGCAACUCAUCCCAAUUCUUGUAAAACCCAUGGUUCGGAAAAGUACCAAAUGUGACGUCAUGCCCUUGUCCGGGUUAGGUACUGCUCUGAUGACGACACUACGCCGUCGGCCUUACCGACAGGAAACAAUAACUUCUAAACCAAACAUUUUUAAUACACCGAAGGCGGACACACCAGAUCAACGUCACGUGAUUUAUGCGAAUCCGUACAAUUCCAGCGCUUCCAAUACGCCGCUCACAAGUUUAACUGUCAUUAUUACAUCAUUAUGUGGACUGCCGUACAUUAUAUUGCACCAUCUUCGUAAUUAAUCAACGAUUUGACACCACUCCCUCGUUAUUUCAAAUGAUAAUCAACCUUGAACCUAGAGAUACAUGUGUAGGUAACUCUACCAAUAAUACAUAUACCAAUCGACUUUACAAGCAGUUGUGCCUCAUGUGUUCACGUGACUGUAUAAUAAUAUUAGCCUGGAAAAAGAAGCACAUGACAUGUCAUGCAAAUAAUUCACAUGAAAUUCACUCGAGUUAAGAUCCUGGAUUUACAGCAUGAUUAUACCCCCCCCCCCCCUUUUUCUCCUUACACCCUGUCGGAGAUGGUUUUAAUCAGACUGUCUGGUUGGACUGAAAUUAUCGAAUACAAAUGAAAUUAUAACUCGAAUUAAGUUCCCUACUUUUAAAGAAAUUCACUCAAAUGAGAGAAAUUCACUCAAUUGGAGUUCUCUGGUUAAAAUGAAACUAACUCGAAGUUCGAUAGAUAUUUACUAUAGAGACUACCAUGGAAGAUAUUGAACUAAAUACAUGUAAUAGAUGUCAAAUGUAUAGGUAAUUUAUCUCUUAUCAUUAAAAAGGAAACUAAGAGUAAGGAGAUAGAACCUUAAUGCUGAAUGCCGCCCCAUAAAGUACACUCACUGUGUUUCUAUUUGGCCGGGCUGUAUAACUUGCCCUGAGGUUAUAAUUUUCCACACAUGCAUUCUGUGAUACACUAAACAUUCCAACAAGUCUCACAAAAACAACUUGUUAAUAAACAAUCAAAUCUCAGACAGCAUUAUCCGCGGUGGGGAGGAAUUCAUCAUUUGGAAAGGAAUGCUUUGUCGCCAUUGUGGAUGCCACCGGAAGGAGGUGAAGAGAUUAAAAUUGUCUUGACGCACUGGAAAAGACGUUCAACAACAAUAAAAAAUUGAGAUUUUUCCUUGUCCUUUUAAACAACAAAUUAUUAAAAAUAUUCCGCUCUA